AACACAACACCCACCCGAUAAGGUAUCGGUUGAUAUACAUAUAUACGUUUGAGGUAGAAUGUGUUCCAAAAUCAUUUUUUUGUGCUUUGUGCUACACUUAGCUAGAGGAUCCAUUUCAAAGCACUUUAGAAAUGAAGGGGACGUGUAUUGCUACCAUAACACAUCAGAGCCAAGGCCUCAACAUAGCCAAUUCACCACUAAAACUACAUACGCGUUGGUUAAGGGAGAUCUACCAGAUACUGAAAGCUGCGAUCCAGUGAAAAUAUGGUUGUUGAUCAGACACGGACCGGCGUAUCCGUCGACUUCAACUAUAGGUGUGGAUAUAGAUGCGCUUGACGAACUACGUGAGUCAAUUAUGAAGAACACACUCUCAUCACUAUGUACCGCUGACAAAGAAUUUCUUGAAACAUGGACGUUGAACGAGAACAUUGCUCAAAAUCCAGAAAAUUUGACGGAACAGGGUCGGAGUCAAAUGAUAACACUAGCUGAAGACUACAAAAAAGCUUUCGCACCUCUGUUCGAUUCACCGGAUAAAGUUAAAUUUCGGCACACGACGGAGCUGAGAAAUAACGAAAGUUUUCUUGCUUUCGCAACUGCUUUGUUCAACGAAGUCGAUCUUGAAAAGGAAGGCGAUUCAGACAACAAUUUGUUGUUUAAGUUUUAUGAAGAGUGUGCUGACUGGAAAGAAAAGAACGACAAAAUAUAUGAAUCAGAAUCGGUUUUGUCGCAAUUCGAAAAAUCUGACAAAUUCAAAGGGACAAUAGACGAAAUUUUAGCUAGACUAGGAGAGUCACCGUCGGAGGACAAGUGGAAACUAGUAAAAAAUGUCUGGGACAUGUGCCGCAUUGACAAAGCAUUGGACGUUGAAAAUUUUAGUCCCUGGUGUAUUGCAUUUACACAAGAUCAUGUUAAUGUAUUGGAGUACCAUGAGGAUAUCGAAUUAUAUUAUAAGACUGGUCACGGAGAUAAACUCAAUCCACCAUUGGCAUGUAAGACCGUUGUCGAUCUAAUCGAUCAUUUAGAAAGUGAGAGUACUGGUGAUUCAACCAAUGCGAUUGUGUCGUUCGCUGAUGCAACUACCGUUCAGUUAUUUAUGACAGCUUUAGGAACUCAUAAAGAUACAGAAAACCCAUCCAAUGUCAGUGUGGUAGAGAAUCGAAAGUGGAAGUCUAGCCAAAUGUCUCCGUUUGCAUCCAAUGUAGCUGUGGUUAAAUACGAUUGUUCGGGCGAUGCUAAAGUAAAAAUCUUUCUCAAUCAAAGACUAUUGACACCAGAUUGGGAUGGGUGUACUGGCGGUGUAUGUGAAUUUAAUAAAUUUAUUGAGCAUUAUAAGUCAUACACGAGUGCCAAUUGUACGAAAUAUUUUUGUGGUGGUUCCGAGGCGUCUGGUACAGCAAAACUUGUGAAUGGAGCGGGUGUACUUGCUGUAACUGUUACUUUGAUUUUAAUUUAUUUACGUUAAGAUUUCCGUAUAAAAACUAUUUUUUAUGGUCAAUCCGACCUUAUAUGUACGUCAACCUAUUAAUCAAUAAAUAUUUAUGUGUGCGUCU